AUGCAGCUCAACCUGGAGGGUGGUCACACUGCUACCUUGAUCAGCUGCUAUGCGCCAACGCUUGGAGCAACUUUUGAGGAGAAGAUCUUGUUUUAUGAGCAGCUCGGUGACGCUGUUCGUUCAACACCACACAACCAUCAGUUGUUUGUCUUGGGUGAUUUUAACGCCCGUGUAGGUAAAGACCACAUCUUGUGGCCAAAAGUGCUUGGACGAAAUGGGUUUGUUAGGGAAAAUUCAAAUGGAAUUAUGCUCCUCGAAUUUUGUACAGAGCACAAUCUUGUGGUGACAAAUACAGUUUUCCAACAGGCUGACAGGAAGAAGACUAGCUGGAAACAUCCACGUUUAGGACACUGGCAUCUCAUCAACUACAUACUUAUCAGACAAUGCGAUCUUUGUCUCGCUCGUCUAACUAAAGCGGUGCGAGCAUCAACAAUGUGGUCAGAUCAUCGCCUCAUCAAGAUGUCGGUGUUUCUUACUGUUAAACCAGUCAGAAGGCAUCACAAAACUGUAAGGAAAGCCAAACUAGAUGUGACUCGGAUAACAGAACCGUCAGCUAGAAAUUUGUUCCGCGAAGCAUUGUGUGGUGAGUUUUCAACAAAUGAGAGCACAGAAUGGUCAGAUUUCAAGCAGAUUGUGGAGAAAGCUGCGGUUAAUGUGCUUGGAUAUCAGCGUAUUAAGCAUAGGGACUGGUUCGACAAUCAGGAUACGAAGGCACGUGGGCUGCUGGACAACAUGCACAGCACCCAUCUUUCUUAG